AAGACGAGCACUGCUGAAGCAAAAACUGUUUCUAGAUUACUCGGUACAUGGAGGGCGAGUUUAUUUGUCCAAGUACUGCCAGUCAUGGGGCACUUAGCAAAUAUACGCGCUUCUAUAGAUGGAAAAGGCUAUAAAUAAGAAGCAAUUCUUCCAGCAAGCAAAUAUAACUGGGAAACGACAUAAAUACUGAAUUUCUAGUGGCUUGGUCAAACAAAUUUCGUCUACUACAGGCAAGGAACUCAAACGGCAUUCACCAUGAGACUUUUGCUUGUCGUAACCUUAGUGCUGGGAGUUAUGAAGUGUCAGGAAGUGCUUGGUUGUAGCCCUAUCCCGGGGCCAGGUAAUGGCGGUGACGGCGGUGCCGGUGGCCCUGGUGGUGGUGGAGGCGGCGGCGGAGGUGGCGGUGGUGGAGGCGUUCCUGGAGAACCUGGUGCUCCUGGUCGUACUGCGUAUGUUGAUAACUCCUUCUCAGGCUCUGGAAGUGGUGACGAUGACGAUCGAUGAUAGUGGCAGUCAUGGCGGUGGAGAAGCUAAGGCAGGCUUUAUCGAGUGUGCUCUGAUGGAAAUGACGACUUGAAAAGAAAGAAAUACCCACUACCAAGACUUUAAUUCCGUUUUUUAUAACAAAACAAGCAAUACAGUUACACAAGUUACCUAUAUUCAAUUCAGUUUAUAUAAUAAUGGUAGUGGAAUGUAAGGUAAAACAUCAGCACAUUAAAUGUUAAACGAACAAGACU